AUGGCCGAUAGCUUGUCGCCCGUGGCACCUGCCGCGGCGCCAGUGCAGCUGCAGGAGCCCGAGGCGGCUGGCAAGGUCGAGGCGCCCAAUGCGACCCCGGCUCCGCGGCAGCCCGGAGUGAAGUUGCUGCUGUGCUUGUGCUUGGCCUCCGCCAUCGAAGGCAUCGAUUCGCAACUGGUGCCUGCGUGCAUGUUCCAGCUUCAGAAGAACAUCAUGACCCUCACAGAUGUUGCCAUCCUGAACACAGUUCAAAUGGUUCUGACAAACCUGGCAGCUCCUUUCUGGGGCAUCCUUGCCGACAGAGGCACCUUGAAGAGGAAGCACAUCAUACUUCUGGGUGCCCUCGGGGAGGGCCUGGCAGCUGGCUUGAUGUCCAUGGUGCCAAACUUUCUGGUCAUGGUGAUCUUGCGGGGCAUGAGCGGGUUCUUCCUUGCGUCCCUCAGGCCCGUUGUGAACGGUAUCAUCGCAGACAUGACGUCGGAUGAUCGCCGCGGAAAGAUGUUCUCACUGGUGCAGAGCUCCCUCCUCCUUGGCAUGUGUGGCACCACACUGAUAGCCGGCAACGUGGCCAACAUCGAGUUGGGCAGCCUCCCUGGGUGGCGAUUCAUUUUCCUGCUUGCAGGGUGCACUGCUGCGUGCAUCGGCGUGGUGGUGUGCAUGCUGAUGGUGGAGCCGCCCAAACAGCUGGACAGCUCGGCGGACAAGAAGGGCUGUGAGGCCGUGGUAGAGGAGCUUCGCGCGCUGCUGGGCUUCCUCUGCAUCCCCACUUUCUGCAUCAUGGUCGUGCAGGGAAUCUUUGGCACGAUUCCAUGGACUGUCAUGGGCAACAACCUACUCUUCUUCAAACUCUCUGGCCUCGAGGACUGGCAAGGAUCCAUCCUGGCCUCCGAGGGCACCAUCGUGGGCGUCUUCGGAAACCUGCUGGGGGGAGUGGUGGCCGACUGCCUCGCCGCCCGCCUGGGCUACCACGGGCGGCCCCUGAGUGCACAGAUUACAGUGGCCAUCGGCAUCCCAUUGAUUUAUCUCUGGUUCUUGGGCAUUCCACCCGGAUCUCAAGCAAGCACCUUCGGCGUGUACUUCACGAUUAUUGCCGCCUUUAGCCUGUUCGGCAACUGGGCCCAGUCCGGAACCAACUUUCCGAUCCUGUCGGAUAUCGUGCCGCCGAAGCACCGCAGCAAAGUCAUGGCUUGGGAGUGCGCGUUGGAGAACUCCAUCGCGACGUUGAUUGGCCCUCUCUUUGUGGCCAAGUUGGCUUUGAUGUUUGGGUACACCUUUGGCGAGGAGGAAGCCAGUGGAACGUCCCUCUCGGCGGCAACAGCCCUGGGACAGGCCAUGGCGGCUACAAUUUGCAUACCUUGGCUGGUGACCUUUGCCCUCUACAGCCUACUUCACAAGUCAUACCCGAUGGACAUGCGCCGCUUGAAGGCUCAGCUGCAGGCCGAAGAGGCCGAAACUGCGAAGCGUGAGGAGGUGGUCUCGAUCUGA